UAAAGUGAAAAUCCUGAGCCAAUGGGGUGAAAGGUUUAAAGAGAAUGAAAGUUGGUCUUGUUUAAUCUUCUCUCACAGGAGAUUAUCUGUGUUUGCGUUUAACACAAUGAGGAGGAAUCCUUUGUUAAAUAAAACGUUUACAAUUUUGAGUGUAAAAUGAACAAACUUCGUAAAAUUAGUUUAAAUUAAAUGUCCAGUGUAAUCUUUAAAAAUACAAAUCAACUAUAAAUUCAGCGUAUCUAUAUGUAGUGAGUGAGGGCGCGAUCGGUAUUUUCCUACGAUACGAGUCCAAAAUGUCAGACAUCGAUAAAUGGAUAGAGAUUGCAAAAGAGUGCAAAUACCUUCCCGAAAAUGACCUCAAGAAACUUUGUGACAUCGUAUGUGACUUACUGUUGGAAGAGUCUAAUAUUCAACCCGUACCCACACCCGUAACAGUAUGCGGAGACAUUCAUGGCCAGUUUUACGAUCUAGAGGAAUUAUUUCGUAAUGGGGGUCAAGUGCCCGAUACAAAGUAUAUAUUCAUGGGAGAUUUUGUAGAUAGAGGGUAUUACAGCGUAGAAACGUUUACUCGCUUACUUACACUUAAAGCUAAAUGGUCGGAUAGAAUAACAUUGCUUCGAGGGAAUCACGAAUCCAGACAAAUUACACAUGUUUAUGGUUUUUAUGAUGAAUGUCAAAAUAAAUAUGGCAAUGCUAAUGCAUGGAAAUACUGCUGUAGGGUAUUCGACUUACUCCCCAUUGCUGCCUUAAUCGAUGAACAAAUAUUUUGCGUGCAUGGAGGAUUGUCCCCAGCGAUUAGGACAUUAGAUCAAAUUAGGACGAUUGAAAGAAAUCAAGAAAUUCCACAUAAAGGUGCUUUCUGUGAUUUGGUCUGGUCUGAUCCAGAAGAUGUCGACUCAUGGACCGUCAGUCCACGUGGAGCAGGGUGGUUAUUUGGAAGUAAAAUAACAUAUAAAUUCAUGGAGAUCAAUUCUCUUAAGCUCAUCUGUAGAGCUCAUCAGUUAGUUCAUGAAGGUUAUAGGCACAUGUUUAAUGAUAAACUUCUAACAGUAUGGUCAGCUCCAAAUUAUUGUUAUCGUUGUGGUAAUAAAGCUAGUAUUUUAGAGUUGAGAACUGUCGAUCAAAAAUGCAUAGUGCUAUUCCGGGCAGUGCCUGAUUCUGAAAGAGUAAUUCCGCCUUUAACAACUACACCAUACUUUUUGUGAUCUAACUUAGUGCUCCAUUUGUUUGGAUGCAGAAGGGUGGUAUCUGCGUCUAGACUUUACGGAAUUACAUGACUGUUUCUUCACGUUGAUAGACACAGGCUGGUACUCUGACGGAGCAUAAUAUUUUUCGGUGACGUAUCGAAAGACGGUACAUUAUUUAGAUUUUCAGUUUUUAAAACGUUAUUUUUUUAUGUUUUGUAAAAGAAAAAAAAAUUGUCAUUUAAAAUAAAAAAGAAGCAGAAUUAUCAUGUGAUUAUCUAUUCAGGGAAUAUUCUUACGCGUUUUUUAAAGAGAUUUACCCAUUUUUGUAUGUUGAAGAAUUAACUUUUAUACAUAGUACGUCUGCCAUUGCAUCAGCCUGAUUUCUUUAGUUCAAAGAACGUUUCGAAUUGGAACGUGAACACUCUGUGGUCUAGACGCUUUUGCUGUCUACUGUGUACAUUCUGAGCAUUCGCAUCUCAGAGCAGUAUUGUGAACGUAUUGUUUCAGAGGUUAAGAGCUUUUAAGUAAGUUGCGAACGCGAACAACAAACGGUUCAGUACUAUAAGAAUGAAUAAAUGAAGAAAAACAUUUAAACAUUCCGCGGUGGGAGAGUCUCUGAGUAUAGUGAAUGCUUAACUGAUAUUAUGAUCGUUGUGCGUAGAAUUCAGGUUUAUUAAAGCGUGAGCAUAUAUACUACUGUUAAGGUCUUCCUGAGUAUGUAAUUGAUCUGUUUCUGGUUUAGAUACUGUGUGUGCUGCGUGCAAUUCUUUUAAUACUACUAGAUGCGCAAUCAGUGUUCUUAGCAGCAUAAAUUCGGCAUCCGCCGAGGUACAAAUAGUAUGUAGCCAGUAGCCAAAGUUUUCCUGCCUAGGUAAGGAAAUUCAGUAGAAAAAAUUGUAUUAUAUAAUAGGGUUUUUGUUAAUAUUUUUAUGCACAUGAUAAACUUUAUAUUCCAUUCUUUCUUUCUUCUUUAUUACGAGCUCAACGUACCGUUUGCAAAAUAUUUGAAGAAAACAAAAUAUAUAUAUAAGAUAUAUAUUGUUGCGAUGGUAUAAAGUUGUCCGUCGCAUUCAAUAUAUAUACAUUGAAAUUCUUUCCUAGUAUCGGCCUUUCCAGCCACAUUUCACUUCUAUGUACACAGAGCAAUAGUUUGAGUACUUUAUCGUUAUUCUCGGAAGCUUUGUACAGUUUCCAUAUUAUAUGCCAAAUCGCUGUCGUACUGAAUAAUUAUAAUAGCUAGAUUGUCAUAAGUUCAUUAAUGUAGGGAGCAAUUUUUAAGAACCGAGACCCUUAGCAAUGUGCCUCUAAAUUAAUAAGCGUUUGUGUAAUAUAAUGGUAUGAUGAUAUUGAUACAUAAUUAAUAGAACGCACCGGCCAUUGCGUAUCAUAAGCCUGAAUUCUGACCAUCGAUUUGCUAGCUCAUGAUAAUUCCUAACCGAUCACAGACCCGACAUAUAUGGCAUUGGCAUUGGCACUGGAUGUCAAGUUGAAACUACUCUAUUUUGAAUUUUGUGAUAUAGUUCAAGUGAGGCGUGUGAAAAUUGCGUCGAUGUUUGUAACGAUUUUCCAUGUCGAGUCGUUCGGGGAUGUUUUGAAGACUUGUUAUUUCAAGAAGUAUAAUCAACUUUUGAACAGUGCCUUCAGAACUAUAACAUUGACGGUCUACUAGAAGUAACACUUUCUACUGACAGAGAUAAUCAUAGACGAACUAGGACGGAUUCAUAAUAAAUAACAGAGAGCUUAAUGAAAAAAAAAAAGGGCGUGUAUUAAGGAAUUCUCUUCAUCUUUUUUAUAUUCCAGGAAGUAUUAUUAACAAUCCCUUUAUGAUAAUUCGUCGUUUAUUAUUAUUAUUAUUAUUAUCUCUCAUAAGAUAUUUCGGCGUCCAUUUCGAUUGCUUUACAUACGAGAUACUUUUUACAUUUUACAAUAUUAUCGAUAAAAAUAUUUAUAUAUAUAUUCAGAUUGUUAACGAUAUGCAAUUGCACGAUUUUACAUUUAAUCAAUGCUUUAUAUUUACAUUAUCGAUAUUGUAUUAGAUAGAUUAUUAUACAAGUUAAGACACGGAGUUUACGUUACAAACUCGACCCGUCGAUUUUUCAGCCUCUAAUAUAUAUCGUGAAACUGAGGUGAAGCAUGAAAAUGCCUAUGUAGUACGGACAUCCUAGGAAUCGUAAAAGUAUUAGCCUCUGUGUCUACUUAGGUAUUCGCAGUAUUCACCUUUGAAUGCCUCUGUCUGUGAUCGCUUUAAUCUUAUCGAAGUGUCCAAGCGCUUGCGACGAUUGUACAUCGGGUAAGCUCCACGUUAAUUAAAGACAAUUACAUUAAAUAAACGAGACUAAAUAAUUUAGCUUAAACUAAUAUGUUCUGUGCAGGAGCUUGAACACUGCGCAUAAUCCUUAAAGAUCUCACAGGUAGACAACAUUUUAACGAUCAUGUACCUUGAAAGUAUAGACUUUGUUAUGUUAAUGUAAUGAAACGUCUGUAAUAAAAAUGCGGAAAAAUUGCAACUGACAUUAUCAAUAAUACUCCCGUUAUUAUUGUGAUAAAUAAAGUACAAAUAUAUACACACAUAUCUAUAUAACUAUACGAUAUCGUGAGGUGUUGAAGGAAAAAAAAAGUUAUCAUUAUGUAGGCAUGGGUGUGGAACAAUAAAGAUAUCAUCAAAUCUGUUCAUCUUUAA